GGCCUCCCGCGGGCCUCUCCGGCUGAGGCGGCGGUUGGGGCGAUGGCGGCGGCGGUGCUGGCCCGCUGGGAGGUGGUGGGGAAGGCCGGCCGGAGGGGCGCCGCCGGAGGAGGCAGAGGAGGAGGAGGAGGCCCCUCGGGGCGGAAGGCGCUGGGCGGUGAGUGCGGCGUCGAGCCUCCCGGGCCCGCGGCAGGCGACCCUCACCGAGGGCUGGGCUGAGCUCGAAAGGCCCAGGGGGCCUCGGUCUCCACCCCGGACACCGGGGUCCCUCUCCCGAGGGCCUUCUGGGGAUUCCCUCCCUGCCAGAAGUGAGGUCACAGGGAACCAGACACAGGGCCUUCUCGGUGGUGGCGCCCGCCCUGUGGAACGCCCUCCCACCCGAUGUCAAGGAGACAAACAACUAUCUGACUUUUAGAAGGCAUCUGAAGGCAGCCCUGCUCAGGGAAGCUUUUAAUGUUUCAUAGGUUAUUGUAUUUUAAUAUUCUGUUGGAAGCCGCCCAGAGUGGCCGGGGAAACCCAGACAGAUGGGUGGCGUAUAAAUAACAAAUCUAUUAUUAUUAUUAUUAUUAUUAUUAUUAGUGCUGACCUUUAAAGCCCUAAACGGCCUCGGCCCAGUAGACCUGAAGGAGCGUCUCCACCCCCAUCUUUCUGCCCGGACACUGAGGUCCAGCGCCGAGGGCCUUCUGGGGAUUCCCUCCCUGCGAGAAGUGAGCUUACAGGGAACCAGACACAGGGCCUUCUUGGUAGUGGCACCCGCCCUGUGGAACGCCCUCCCACCAGAUGUCAAGGAAAUAAGCAGCUAUCGUCUCUUUAAAAGACAUCUGAAGGCAGCCCUGUUGAGAGAAGCUUUAAAUGUUUGAUGUAUUACUGUAUUUUAAUAUUCGGUUGGAAGCCGCCCAGAGUGGCUGGGGAAGCCCAGCCAGAUGGGCGGGGUAUAAAUAACAAAUUUAUUAUUACAAUUAUUAUUAUUGGUGCUGACCUUUAAAGCCCUAAAUGGCCUCGGCCCAGUAGACCCGAAGGAGCGUCUCCACCUCCCUGGACACUGAGGUCGAGUGCCGAGGGCCUUCUGGCGGUUCCCUCAUUGCGAGAAGUGAGGUUACAGGGAACCAGGCAGAGGGCCUUCUCGGUGGUGGCACCCGCCCUGUGGAACUCCCUCCCACCAGAUGUCAAAGAGAUAAAUAGCUAUCUUAUCUUUAAAAGACACCUGAAGGCAGCCCGGUUUAGGGAAGUUUUUAAUAUUUAAUGCUGUAUUGUUUUUAACACUCGAUUGGAAGCCGCCCAGAGUGGCUGGGGAAACUCAGCCAGACGGCGUGGUAUAAAUAAUAAAUUAUUAUUAUUAUAAUACCCCAGGGUGGGGGGGCGGCUGCGUGUUCGGCCUGUGACGGCUCUCUCUGCUCUGGGCCCUCAGCUCCCUCGGCCGUGCCGGAGAGCCUCCUGGAGCUGCGCCUGGACAAGGCAGCGGCGGCAUCUGGACGGCGGCGGCAGCAGAGCAAAGAUGAUGUUCCGCCUCCUCCGCCGGGGCAGCCGGCGUCCAGAAAGGCCCCGGCCGGCGGCGGCAAGAGCAGCAAGAAGGCUCCGCCCAGCGGGGACCCGGCGCCCAAGCAGGGCCGCUUCCGCAGCCUGGAGGACGCGCUCAAGGCGGUGAGUGACUGGCAGGAAGGGGACUUUGUGGGUGCUGCUGCCUGCCUGGGACGGCAGCUGCAGAGAAGCCCCGGGAGGUCACGGGGGACCAGAGGGGGGCAGGACAAGCUGCACCGGCUGGGCAAGGGGCCCCCAGCCUCCUUCCUUAACCUCUUCUCUGCCCCUGGUGAGGUCUGCCUAGGGCAGACAUAGGCAACCUCGGCCCUCCAGAUAUUUUGGGACUACAACUCCCAUCAUCCCUGGCUAGCAGGACCAGUGGUCAGGGAUGAUGGGAAUUGUAGUCCCAAAACAUCUGGAGGGCUGAGGUUGCCUAUGCCUGGACUAGGGUGAGGCAGGUGGAGAUGCUCCUGCUCCAUCCAUCUGGGCCGGCGGGGCUGUUCUGCGCCAGGGCUUCUUCUCCUGCAGUGCCCACCCCAUCGUUUAAAUACUGUGCGAUAUCUUGAUUUGUCAGCUGCCUUUAGUUUCUUUUGAUGAGGAGGCAGGCCAUCAUUCCAUAAAAGUAUCCAGAAUUGCUAUGCUGGCUGUUUCACCUAGCUAGAGAAAGGAACUUUAGAAGAAACCACGAGUUGUCAAUGCGUGCAUAAAGGUCUCCUCCUCAUCCCAUGUAUCUAGGACUGUUCUUUGAACCAUUUCCAUGAAGGGACUGUGCCUUUCGCCAGCCUUUGCAUUGAUGCUGGUGUCUACCUCAUGCACAGCCUUUAGCUUCAGAAUAAAUAGUAAUAGUCUAAAAAGGCAACUCGUGUAUUUUUUUUAUUUUGGAGGAGGGAGUCCUAAACUUUGCCUUCCUUAAUAUACAAGCUGGAAAUGUGUUGCCUCCUUCCUGUGUCUCUUCCUAGAAUUUGGAAGGUGAAGUACAGAAAAUGCGUCUCUUGUUCACGUAGACUAGGGACCAGCUUUAAGCUGCUGAAGGAAGGAAGGAAGGAAGGAAGGAAGGAAGGAAGGAAGGAAGCUGUGCUCUAGGGACUCACUGCCUCCCUCUCCCCACUUGCCUAGGGGAGGGGGCAAGCAGCUGACAGUCCUUCUGAACAUUUAAUGGGCUCUCCACUUGGCGCAUGGAUGGCAUGCUGGAGAAAGAGCCUUUGGCUGAACAGUCAAGGAACCAGCAGUAGAGCAGUUCUCCUGCAUGCUGAAAGUUUAAUCCCUGACACCUCAAGCUAAAUGAUCAGGUGCUCUGUGAUGUCAAACAUCUUUCUCUGCCCAAGACUCUGGAGAGCCACUGCCAAAGAGGCCAGAUGGACAGACAGGAUAAGACAGCUUCCCCUUUCCCUUGGGGGCCAGUGGAGUUGAGGUGAGACUCCUUGGCUGAGGGGCAGCCACUUCCGUUUGUGGAAUAGGUUCACUUAGAGAGUGGUUCCAGAAACAGCCCAAAUGUGCCCUGCUAAGGUGGGGAGUGGGGGGGUCUUCCCUUUGCAGCAGCUCAGCUAACUCUCCCCCCCCCCCAGCUUGAUUUGUCAGAACUCCAGAAGGAGCUGGACAAAAGCUUGAGCAUGUUCCCCGAGAAUCCUUCUGUGUGGGUCAAAGACCUGGCUGGAUAUCUGAACUACAAGCUGCAAGCUCCAAAGAGCGACCCCACCCUCAGCCAGCACCCUCAUGGUAAGUGUUGCCUUGGAAAGUGCCUUUCUAUCAAUUGUGUGUGUGCUAGAGAGAGAGAGAGGCCAUUUUGCUCGCUUGAACACCCAGAGCACCUGUCCUGCUGUGGGCUUGGUUUGUGGCCUUGGCAGCUGCUUGCACAACAUUCAGACUUUCUAGUUCAGUGAUCGCAGAGGGAGAAACGUGAGUAAGCUCCUGUCAGCAAGAUUUUGAAUUCUGCAGUUAGAAAACCUCACGCGUGUAAAUUGGGUGGGAAAUUGCCAGCAUUUGAAUGCUGCAUGGAUUUGUAUGGUUUUGCUAGGAAUAUUGUUCUUCAGAAUUUGGAAAGUUGUUCUCUGUUUUUGGAGGACUGCAGAAACAAAAGUAAUACCUGACAUUUUUGUGCAGCUGUGACACCAGCGGCAGAAUUUUUGCAGCCAAGGAGAGGGUUGUGUGGGUUGUAACCCCUGGAAUUCUAAACCAGAGUCUCACUUCUUCAUAUGCCUGGAAAUACACUGGUGGUUUCUUUCUUACUCCUUUUAGAAGAAGAUAAAAUUCUCAGGGUUGCAGCCUUUUUUGUCCUCCUGGAUGAGGAAUGUGGGCUUCACUGCCUGGUUUGGCCUGGGCAGGGAAAAGCCCAGGAGAGAGGGGCGAGGUCUCCUCCCAGCCAUUCCCUCUGAGCUUGUGCUUAGAGAAGCAAGUCUCAUAACCACGGCAUGUUCAGUUUCUGCUCGGAAUGCCUUUCUUGACCUUUUCUGACCCAAGGGAGGGUGAAAAGCAGCUCCUCUCUUUCCUGCCAAUAUGCCAAGUAGCUGGAAGCCAAGCAGGGGCGUUAUGGGCAGAGUCUGCUGCUUGGGCUUGGGAAGGAUGUCAGGUGCCGAAUGCUCCCGGCGUGGCUGCACAAUGCUGCCUUUGUCUUCAGCGUUUCCUGAAUGUGGCGUUUGGCAGCAGGGCAGAGGCCAGAAGAUCCAAAGAUGCUCUUCCCGACUCCACAGGGACGUGGAUGCUGGGAGUUAAUGAGAAGAGGCUGGCUUUGGCAGUUGGGCAGUAUCCUGGGCCGGGGUCUUGCAGACUUUGGUGCUUGCUUAUUUCCUUUUCAGUCCAAGAGCUCUUAUACUUGUCCUCCUGAUCAGGAUGCAUCUCUGCUCCAAAACCCAGGAGCCCUUGACAGACUCACCAAUAUUUGAAUUGUGGUCGACUCUUGAGCUCUGGCGAGGUGGCUUCAGCAUUGGCUUCUGGCAUUGCGCUGGUGAAGAAGCAGCUGUGCCUGGUUUGGUUCUCGUAGGGCAGGCCAGUCACCUCUGCACAGUUCUCUCCACGUUAUCCUUGUGCUGCCAAGGUAGAAUUCUGAACUGGGGCUCCCCGAGAGUCUGCCCAAGCCGUAGUUUUGGGCUGCUGUGCUGUUUAGGGAUGUGGCUUCCCUCCUGUGCUUUACUCAUGGGAAAGUUGUUGCACCAGUGAGGGCUAACGAAAGCCAGCCCUUCCUUCACACUGCCACCUUACUUUUGGCUGCAGACUAUCCCUACUGCCUUGUGAACAAAGAGCUGAGGAGCACCAUCAAGUCCUUGCUGUCGAAAUCGGCGGGUGUCCUGGAGCUUUUCUUUGACCACUGUAUUUACACAAUGUUGCAAGAGCUGGACAAGACUCCUGGUGAGUGUGACGUGCAGCCCAGUAAACCAGCCGUUGGGUCAAAGGUUCUGCCACACGCGCUCCCUUGAGGGCAGAGAGCAGUUGAGGGAAACUACAGCCAUACCUCUUGUUGGGUUUGCUUAAUGUUGUGGCUUUUUGGGUUGUGAACACGGCAAACCCAGAAGUGUAUACUUCUGGGUUUCACCGCACGCGCAGAAGUGUUCUGUGCGCUUCGCACAUGCGCAGAAGCGCUCUAUUGCGCUCUUUGCGCAGAAGCGCCGCAUCCUGGAACGGAUUGUGUCCGCAACUAGAGGUACCACUGUAUUUGUACUCAGGGCCCUGGUGGGUGUUGCAUGUACCUCAAGGCAGUUUAUGUGCUGGAAGUGGCACUAAAAGUGACCAGGGCUGCCCACUGAGGUUGUGAACAAACCUGAUUUCACACCCACCUAAUUCUUAAUGCUGUUACCCUAAAGGGUGCAAGGAGGUGAAAAGCCUCUGGUGAAGCUGUGACUUUUGUGGUGAGGUACUGAAAGAUGGGGAGCAGCAGGGCAGAGGCGUGUGGGGUGGAGACCUGAGGGGACCCCAAGGGGGAAAGAGGUGCCAGCUGUGAUACCUGCGUUGUAGGGGGUUGGACUAGAUGACGUGAGGUCCCAACCCUGCAGUUCUGUGCUCUGGCUCCAUGGGCCAGCAAGAGAAUUGGGUGAGAGGCAGCAAAUUAAAGUCAGAGCUACAUUAGUGAACAAGCAUGGUGCUGGCUGUGUUCUUAUAGGGGACUUCAAGAGGGGAUUGGGCCAUUUCCUGGAAGAGGAUUGGGGGCCACAGCAAGGACUAUGGGCUCUAAAGCUUCUGCCACUCUAUAUUGUAUUGAGUAAAGCAGGACACCGGGGGACACGCAUGCCUGGGUGGGCUUCUGUUUCUCUCCUCCCGCUCUGAUCCCACAGCAGCCGCAUAGAUUUGCCAGGAGCCCAGUGUGCGAUGGAGUCUGCGGUGCGCAAGGGCUCUGGGCUCCAGGCUAAAACGCCCAACCUGAAGGGCCCUCACAGUCUUCCUCGCCAUCCUUGUCUUCCAGGGGACUCCCUGCACGGCUACAGGAUCUGCAUUCAGGCCAUGCUGAUGGACAGGCCUAAAGUUGCCACCAUGAACUUGAGCAAGGUGGGUAGCUGCAGUUGCCCCGUCCAACCUGGAGAGGCAGCCUCUGUCCCUCUCCAAGGUGCCCAGGUUUCCCAGAGUUCCUGGUAUAUUUUACUGAGACAGGUAGCAAAAGUGAAAGCUAUCAUCUGCGGAAUUGGAAAGCAUACUCUUGCCCUGCAUGCGCAUGAAACAGGGCCCCUCCCUCCCCGACCCUCUUUUCUCUGUGCUGGGAGUCCCAGCUUCAGUCCCUCACAUCUCAUAUCCCAGAGAAGUCAGGAGCUGAUGUUCUGCACUAGAGGGCUCCAGCUGCUUGCGAGGGAGCAUUGUUGCUUUGGCCCUCUUUCCCACUGGGCUCUGUGCCGAGAGUUAAUCCUGCCGUCUUUCCCUUUUCCACUUCAGUAUCUUGAGCUGCUGAGCUCCCAUCAAAGCCGUCCGGCCAAAUGUCUCACGAUCAUGUGGGCCUUGGGUCAAGCUGGAUUUACUGAUCUUACAGAAGGACUUAAAGGUGAGGAUGGCGGCAACUUUUUUUUAAAAAUGUAUAUGAUGAUAAACACUUUGGAAUAUUUUUGGAGACUUAAUAAAAAUGAUAUGGGGGGGAAAGGGCUGAUCAGGAGCUAGAAGGAGCUGCUCCAGCCCGUUGAAUGGUGAUGCCCUCUUCUCACCCUGCCCCAGACCCUCUGGUGGCGUGGCUCAAGAGCAUGUUGUGUGGCCUGAAGGCACAUGGAGUAUCUGCCUUUCUGAAGCUCAGCAGCCCUGAGCUCCAGCCUAGAACGAAGGUAUGGGCAGAAAUGUAAUGGUGUUGCUCUCCCAACUCUUUUCUCCACAGUGUGGCUCGGCAUUAUGUUCCCUGUUCUGGGAAUCAAAUCUCUCUCCCCGUACGCCAUUGCCUACCUGGAUCGGCUGCUGUUGUGAGUUGCCAUGUCCUUGUUUGUUUAUUCAGCAUGAUUCCAAGGCCCCCCCCUGUGCUAUUUGACAUCUCUCUGAAGCCUCUGGGAACUGUCGUAGGGAGAUUUGGAGCAAAGUGUCCUCAAUAUGCAGAUAACACUCAGCUCUAUCUCUCGGUUCCAUCAAAAUGAGGAGAGGCAGUUAAGGAGUCAGAGCAGUGCUUGGAGGUUCAGAUGGGUGUGGGCCAAUAAACUGCUGCUGGAUCCCAAAAGGCAGCUGUGCUGUAUGCCCUGGGUUCUCAUGUCCGGGAGGGGCAGCCUGGGGUGCUCCUGGGCUCAACAGCAAGAGGAAGUCAGCCAGGGAUGGUGGGCACAAACAGGGCAGGUUUGGUUUUCCUGCAGUAUAGCCCUUCGAGGUAGGCCUGUGGAGGCCCUUGUUCCAGCACGGGGAGCGGAGGCGGAGUUUGUAAUGAAGUGGGAGUGGCUUUCCCCAGCUGACAGGCAUUGCUUUUUCCUUGGCAGGAUGCAUCCCAACUUGACCAAAGGCUUUGGUAUGAUAGGACCCAAAGACUUCUUCCCUCUCAUGGACUUUGCCUUCAUGCCCAACAACUCUCUAUCCCCCAGGUAUGACACCUAAAGGGAGACCGGCUCACAGUGCAUGGAUGGGAAGAGUUAGAGCCCCUUUCAAAUUGACGCUUCUGGUGUUCAAUUUUGUUAUUUUAAUAGCUUUCAAAUUGACGCCUCUAAUUUACACAACGGGUUACUGAACUGUUACAAGCCAAAUUUAAAAUAAAAUGUUGAACUCAGGCCCCCAGCAGUAACCGUACAAGCCGUGCAUUUCUUCCAGAGGAUGCAAAUGUAUUCGCUGUAUAGUUUAGGGCAGUAUUAACAGAUACAACUAUUUAUAUAAAAUCCAGGCAGAACUGUGUGUGCACAUGUAAAAAUGCAGCAGUUUGUAUGCAGCCAACGUUCUUUCUCCCCAGCCUGCAGGAGCAGCUUCGCCAGUUGUAUCCCCGCCUGAAAGUCCUGGCCUUUGGGGCUAAGCCUGAGACCACCCUGCACACCUACUUCCCUUCCUUUCUCUCCAGAGCCCUGCCCAGCUGCCCCCUUGAUAUGCAGAAAGAGGUGAGGAGGGGGCAGAAGGGGGGGACUGGCCUUCCUCAAGCAUCUAGUGGGGCUGCCACAUUUAGACAACAACUGAGCUAGACUGAGGAGUUUAAAACCUCUGGAUGAAAAGGUUCCCCCAGUUUGUUGAGUCGGAGGAUCUAUUUUGUGCCUUAAUUCCCUCCAGUGCCAAACCCAUGGGUGGCAGUUCUUCUGAUAAACUGGGCGUCUCUCUCUCUCUGAAAUAGGAGGGGAUGUCUGCUGGGCCCUCCUUGGGAGGCUCAGCCCCAGGGUUUUCCUGGCUCUUCUGGCUUCCAGUUCCCUUUCUCUCCCCCUUGCUUGGCUGCCAAAGUGUGGGUAGGAAUCCAGGCAGACUGGAAAGGUGCAGGACCCUCCCUCAGCCCCCGAGAAACUGGAAUGCAAGCAAACUAGUUUUGUUUGUCGCUAAUGUGGCAACCUUGAAUUUCCCAUCUCUUCUGGAGGAAUUAAAUGUCUAUUAAUGAUCUAAAAACAAGGAAAACAUGUUUUAGCUUGGGAACCAUGGCUAUUGUUUAGGUGCAAAUAUUUGCAAAUAUAAUUGAUUGGCAUCCAUGCGGUUGACUACAGCUGCUUUUAACAGGGCCACAGUAUCAUUGAAUCAGAGCCCAGGCAGUUCAAGGCAGGUGCUUACGACUUGGCGUUAGGUGCAUUGCCGACUCUGGCUGUGUCUUGGGCAGACAGAGGUGCCAGGGAUGGAAGCUGGAGCAUUUUGCGUGCUAUGCAGGUGCGAGUGAAGAAUGGCUCUCUACCUCUCUCUCUGCUGCAGAGACAGGUGUGCAGCAGCCAAAUGAUGCUUUCAGAUAGACACACACUGUGGCACCCACCCGCCCUGCUUUGAACUAUAGCCUCCUUUCUCUCUGUCUGGAACCGUUAGAUGGGGAGGAACCUCCUUGGGCCUCCUAAUGCAGCUCUGAGAGCCAGAAUAGGAAGGAGAGCUCACCCCAAAGGCGGCAUGAAGCCAGUUCCAGAAAGAGGGGAGGGAAGGCACCCCUUCCUGACCCCAUCUGGGAUCAAUAAGUGGGGCUCCAGGAAUGUCAUAAAUCUGUCGCGCUAUCUUGAAGUCUUCAGUCCUGUGGCUGCUGCUGCUGUUUGGCCAUUAGACUCCUGGGACCAAUUCUGCUUUCGUCCCGUACAGCUGCUCAACUGCCUGGCCGAAGGCCUCCGCCUGGACCCCCUCAGCUUCAAUGUCUGGAGGCAGCUGUACAUCAAGCACCUCCCACAGUCAAGGUGAGACUCAGCAGGGAUGCUUCCCCACUGCAUGCCCUGCUUGACAGUUUGGAAACCUGCAGGAUACCAAUCCUGCUUACAGUCGUGGUGGUUGAACAUCCGCUUGAACUUCUUGGAAAGGCUGUGCUUCGAGCCCUCGUGGUUGCUAAAAUGACGCAAAGUCCGCCUGGGAGCGGAGGAGCCUCCCCUGCUUCGCAGGGAGAGCAGUGGGGUCUCUCUCUUUGGGAAGGUGCAUGCAACAAUGAGCCAGUGUGGUGUAGUGGUUAAGAGUGGUAGUCUCGUAAUCUGGUGAACGGGGUUCGCUUCCCCGCUCCUCCACCUGCAGCUGCUGGGUGACCUUGGGCCAGUCACACUUCUCUGAAGUCUCUCAGCCCCACUCACCUCACAGAGUGUUUGUUGUGGGGCAGGAAGGGAAAGGAGAAUGUUAGCCGCUUUGAGACUCCCUAGGGUAGUGAGAAAGCGGGAUAUCAAAUCCAAACUCAACAAACAAGCCAGGCUCUGCAGAGAUCCUUGAGCUGAUGCCUUUGCUUUCUUUUCCCAGCCUGCUCCUGAAUCACUUUGUGCAGACCUGGGACAGCACUUCCAAAAAGGUUUGUGGCUCCUGCUCUUUGGACUGCCUCUUGCUUGAAGCAGUAGUUUGUGCGCUAGGGACAGACAACACGGAUGAAUUAAUGGCCUGUCUGUCUAGUCCAGGCCAAAGCAGGCCAGUGCUAGGCAGCAGUCCAUCCCAAAAGGCUGCUCCAUUGCUAAGGCUCCGUCGUUCCAGCUCAACACGGCUUGUGCUUCCUGCUAGUUCUGUCUGCUUCUGAGGUUUGCUAUCCCCCAUGAGCUGCAUGGACAGGGUGAGUUUGAACUCUGAAAGGGAUGCUGCUGCUGCUGCUGCUGCCGCCGCCCACAUUCUCCAUAGUUUGCAUCUAGUUCAGAGCAGGGCCUUGGAGGUGCCCAUCUGGCUUGAGUGGGGCUCAGGCAGGGGGGAUUGGAUUUAAAUCAAAUCAGUUUAAAUCACUAAUCAGUAAGACUUGAUUUAAAUCUCUCUUUUUUUACUGAAAGACUCCUUCUCGCUGGUAUAAUCUUAAUAUUUACAACCAGAUGGAGGUUUCAUUUUUGGAAUAAUAAAUUUUCAGAGUAGUUUUUACAAUUCUAUCAAAAAUUAACUGAUUUGGUUAUACUGUUAGACAGAUAAUUAUGAAAUUAUUGUGAGGUUUAAUAAGUUAACUGUUUAUAUUUGGACAACUUUUCUGCUGUACUUUAUUGGAAGGAGAAAAACAAUCAUUUCCUUAAUAACAAUUUAAACAAUUUAGUUAACUAAAACAAGAACAUUAUAGCAUCUGUAUCCAUGUUUGUUAACUGAUAUGGUUAAACAAUUAAAAAAAAACUUAGACUGAGUUUUAGCACACAUGAAAAACUUAAAACAAAUCCUUUGAAUAGCCUUUGGACUCAAAUUUUUCCUCCAAAAGCAUUUUAUUUUAAAAAUCUGAUUUAAAUAAAAAAAUUGCUUUAAAAACCAUUGAUUUUUAUCCACCCUGGGCUCAAGGGUGGGGUGCACAGAGGCAAGGCCCCUGACAGGGGACUGGGGAGGGCAGCAAAGCACCUGGCUGUCUGGCCCUUCAGCCCCCACCCCCAUUCCUGCUGCUUCUGUAGGGUUGCAACCAUCCCGGUGUGGUCCAAGGUUCACCUGUGGCUUUGUGAUGGUGUUUGUGGACCGUUUCUCUUCCAGAUGCGGAAAUCUUUACAGGAAACAGUUCAUUCGUUCAAAGUCACAAACAAGGAACUGACCAUGAAAGGACCAAACAGCGAACAGGAUGUUGCAGCUUGCAGAGCUGCCUGCAAGGUAUUGCUAUUAUUUAUUCAAUUUGUAUACCUCCCUUCAUCUGUAGAUCUUAGAGCAGUUAUAGUAAUAAUAAGAAUUUAUUAUUUAUACGCUGCCCAUCUGGCUGAGUUUCCCCAGCCACUCUGGGCGGCUCCCAAUCAAGUGUUAAAAACAGUACAGCGUUAAAUAUUAAAAACUUCCCUGAACAGGCCUUCAGAUGUCUUUUAAAGAUAAGAUAGCUGCUUAUUUCCUUCACAUCUGAAGGGAGGGUGUUCCACAGGGAACAACAUAGUAUAAAAACACAAAAUACACAAUAAAAACAGGAACAAAAACAAACCCCAAAUCUCCCCUCCCACAAUACAUUUCAAAGGGUGUCUGGUGUUAGUCAGCCAAAGGCCUGGUUAAAAAGGAAUGUUUUUGCCUGGUGUAUAAUGAAGGCACCAGCUGAACGUCCCUGGGGAGAACAUUCCACAAAUGGGAAGCCACUGCAGAAAAGGCCCUUUCUUGUGUUGCUGCCCUCUGGACUUUCCUUGAAGAAAUUACACAAAGAAGGGCCCCACAGGAUGAUCUCAGGAUCCAGCUUGGUUCAUAUGCAGAGAGGCGGUCCUUGAGGUAUUGCUGUCCUGAGCCAUUUAAGACUUUAUAUGUCAAAACGAGCACUUUGAAUUAGCAGCCAGUGCAGUCGGACCAGGAUCGAUGUAAUAUGCUCAAACCGUCUUGCUCUGGUGAGCAACCAAGCCGUCCAAUUCUGCACUAGCUGAAGUUUCUGAACUGUCUUCAGAGGCAGCCCUACGUAUAACACAUUGCAGUAAUCUAACGUAGAGGUUGCCAGGGCAUAGACAACAGAAGUUAGGCUGUCCCUGUCCAGAUGGGGGCACAGCUGGGCCACCGAUGGAAGGCACUCUGGACCACUGAGGCCACCUGAGCCUCAAGCGACAGCAAAGGAUCCAGAAUGAUCUCCAUCCUUGUGGGUGGGUGACCAGGUGGGCUAGCCAUCUGCAUCCCAGAGAUUCUCCUACCUGUUUCCUCUCUUUGUGUUUCCCCUUCAGAACCUGCUGCUGAAAAUGAAAGCCAGUGGCCUUCCUUGGGCUCGGCUGCUGCUGGUCGCCUUGGUAUUCACUGCGGGGUUCCUAAUGCAUGACAUCAGGACUCAUGGCUCCUUUGAAGGUGAGGCCCUGCCCCUGGAGGAAAGGGAGGUGUUGCGUUCCAAAGGCAAGGAAGGAUUGGACCCUGAUUAAUAAAAUACACACGAGGCUUGGCCAGCAAGACUCUGGGAGGCAGGGCGAAUAAUCCUCUGUCACACCCUGGCCCAGGUCCCUUUAUUAACAAAAGAACUUUUAGCGCAGCGCUUGUAAGAACCAAUCAGAUAUCCUCUGAGCAUUUAAAAAACAUCCCCACAUGGGACAAAGUCAGAUCAGAGAAAGCCUUGUAACUACAAAGAAACUAUUUCCUACUUGAGCAUUCAUACAUAGUUCAGAGUAAAUAAAAUAGGAAUCAAGGAGAAAUGUUUUUAGCAAACCCCGGAAGUAAUAAACAGCAGUAAACAGGAAAGGAAGGACAGGUAGUACUUACCAUCUCCUUGUGAACUCUCUUCCUGGCCCUUAAGAUCUACCUAAAGAUCAACAAACUACAUCAAAGUUACAUCAAAGCUACCUCCUAUCUUUAUGGCUCGGGAUGCCUGGUGAAGCAACCAGUCUGUGUUUAGAAUGCUUAUAUGUGCCUGUCAGGCAGAGAAAAUGAACAGUAGAGAAGAUGGGCAGAGAUGCAGAGGCUUAUGGGAUUUAAUCAGAAAUUAUUGUCAAUGAAUCAAGCCCAGUCAAAGCAAUGCUUUCAUUGCUGACACAAUGGCGUGCUCCAUUUUUCAUAACUCCUCAUAGCAAUCCACCUGACCCCCACAGGAGGCACGUGGGAGGGGGCUGCCCCAAAGACACCCCCACUCAGGGGAGCAUGUUGUGUUUUCCAGCUUCUGCCUCGGCUCAGGUGCUCCGCUCUUCCGGCAUCCUCUCCGCAUCCCAGCAAGCCUGGAGCAGAGUUUCCCACUUCUCUGGGGAAGGGUACAGGUCAGUGGUUUGCGCCGGCUCUCUGUCGGCAGGGAGGCUCCCUCCCUUCAAGGGGGACCAGCGCAGACGAGCGCUCUCCCUCUGGGCAGCCCUUGGGAGGGAGCCUGUUGCCUGCGGCUCACCCUGCUCCCGCCCCUUGUUCCUUGCAGCUGGCUGGAAGCAAACAUGCCUCUCUACUACUCUCGCGUGGCCACCGUGCUGGGACCCAACCUGGAGCUGGUCUGGGCGAAGACAAACGAAACGGCCGCCUACAUCUCUGGGAAGUGCUCUGCUCAGCUCACCUGGCUCAGUGACAACCUCCCCAGGUUCAUCGAAUGGGUAAGGGUGGGGCUCGCUGGAGGCAGGGAAGGCCUCUUCUUAAGGGGGUCAGCAGCAGACCAGGCAAGGCAGAGUUCUGUGCAGAGAAUGCACCAAGACAGAUGGUUUCCCCACUUACAGAGGCACAGCCACGCUGUGAACUGUCAAGCGAUGUAUUUGUUUUUUUCUGGUUUUAACCCCUCUAGGCCAUCAACCAUUUAUCUGCUAAGCUGGAGGGUGGGAAAGCCAAUUCACUGGCAAGCACCCUCUGCAUCGGCCCAUUCACCUGGGUCCACAGGCCCCGGUUCUGCUCAUGUGGGUAGUGCCGCUGAGGAAAUACAGCUGCAGCAGUAUCCGCCACUCCAAUGAGUAGCAAGAACAGGCAGAAGCUGUGAGGAGGAGGUGGCAGUGGCAGCGGCAGCUGAAGGCCCUUGACCUGAGCUGCUGGGACUUGUCCCUUUGCAGAGGAGCCAAAUGUUGCUCCCAGUAUUUUCAGAGUCUUUCCCCUUGCCUGCCUUUCUCUUCCCCACCUCAUCCCUGGGUCCUAUUUCCCUGUAAGUGCCUUAGGGAGAUCUGGACCUGUGCUUAUGGUUCCCCAUCUGCUGGUGGCCACCCCAUUCUCUUUGGCAUAUGAAUCAAAAGGAACUGUGGCCUGUCCGUAAUAGAGGAACAGGGAUCUGGGCCCUGCCCGCCCUCUAGCUAGGAGUGUUCCAGUUUCUGGGGUCUGGCCAGCCACAGAUUCUCUGCCUAGCAAGGGCAGGGUUGGCACUUGAGCCUGGCUGAGCCGCCUCGUCUUCCCUGCCAGCUCCAGACCCGGGUUCCAGAUUCUGUGCUGCACGGGGCAGAAUACCUCAAGGAGCUGCUGCUCUUCCUCAUGCGGAACUACUUCCUGCCUGCUGUGGACUACGUUGCUGGGUCGCUGGAGGGGGCCUGGAAACUCUGGGUGGCUUUCUGCGAGUGAGUAUGGUCUGCGCACAGCAUCCUUGGUGCCACACAAAGCAGACAGCAGGGGCUGCUUGACUGCGGAAGAGAAGUAGGAAUAGAAGAACACCGAAUGGGGAGGGGGAACCCACUUCAGGUUCCGGGGGGGGGGGCAUCCAAACUGCUCGGAGACAAAACAAGGCACGUCCAGGAGGCCUCGAAGCAUGCAUGCUCACCCUCUGCUCUCUCCUCCAGUGGCGAAGGGUCCUGGGAGUGCUUGCGGAAACAUGUGACCAGCCUCAGCCAUUCCUCUUGGACGUACCUGCAAGACACCACCGUGGCCAUCAGAGACUGGGCUCUGGCCAUCGUCUCUGGGCACUAGUCGAGGCCCAGGGCUCAGGAGCUGGGCGUGAGGUUUGGGUCACUGCUCUCCCAUUGCUGCUGGCAGCAGGAUGUGCCAACUCACUGUUCCGCGGGCAGGCCACAAAGCGAGGGGCAGCCUCCACCUCUGACUUGCCGCUGACGCCCAGGAGGCCGGAAGCCUCCCAGCUCCCCACCCACUGUGCGGUUGUUCUUUGUCUCCACUCCAGCCUUGCUGAAAAAGCCAGUUGUCUGCUGUCCAUUUGAUGGACUGCACCGGGCGGGAGGCAGCAAUGCACACCCAGGAAGUGCCCCUCCGUCCGUCGGUGGGCAAGCACUUUCUGUAUCCUACGUUCAGUGCUGUUACCCCAAAUAAAUAGGUUGCUGGGGCAGUGACCCCCUUCCCCAUCCCUCUGUGCAUGGAGCGCCUGCUGCUACUGCUGCCCUCAGCCUUUUCUCUGCGGCUCCUCCACCUGCCCCAGGCAGCUCAAGCCAGUCUCAAGGGCUGGUGCCUGCCUGGGACCCUGCCUUGCCAGACUCCCACCCAUCGCCCUGUGGCCUGAGCAGAGGCUCUGUGGGCAUUUCCCCGAGCCGUUAAGCUGCCCCCUUCUCUCAGGUGACUGUGAGUCUUCGCCUUUCCCCAAAGAGCUGCCUUUGCCUUAUCGUGGACCCAGGAGGGGAGAGCUCAUGUUAUGCAGCAGGGAGUGCUCAUGACUGCAGGGCCCAGAGAGUAGGAACAGGGCGGAGGGGAGAGAGGGCUGGUUGAUCCCUCAAGUGUAUUCUGUGAGCUGUGACGAGGGGCUGUCACUUCUCUUGCAAGUUCCAUAAAGAAGAACUCUGCCACCUCCAGGCUUGAAGGAAAACUAGCUUAGUUGGGGUCCGUCUUUUGCCUUCUGUAAUGUCCACUCCUUGGUCUCUUCCCAGGGCCUGUGUGUGGCCUUGAAGUCUGUGUUGUGACCCUGUUCCCAGCAUGCCCUGAAUCCCUUGAGUUGCCCUCCUCUCUCCCAGCCAGGCAUAAGUGGGAAAUAGUGGGUCAGAAGCAGCAGCUCCUUCUCACCAGGUGCUGCGUCAGUUGCCAGGCCCAUGUGGGGACUUUGGAUCUGGCUGCUUUGCCCCAAUUACAUUUCUCUCCUGCAGCCAGACUUCCAGAGGUGAUGGGACCCUGUCAUGACAAUGGUGUGUGGCUUUUGUCAUGUGCAAUAAAGGAAAUAUCUUUGGUUACA